AUGCGUAAAACUGACCUCAUCCCCCCGGACUCCACGCUGCACUUCGACGUGCUGCUGCUGGACGUUUGGAGCCCGGAGGACGGCGUGCAGACGAACAGUUACCACCUCCCCCCCCCUCUGCAGCCGGAAGGUGGAGGUGGGCUGCUGGGGAUGUGCGUGGGGGAGAGGCGCAUCAUCACGAUGCCGCCGUCCCUGGGCUACGGAGAGAACGGAGACGCCGGAGAGGUUCCCGGCAGCGCGGUGAUGCUGUUCGACAUCGAGCUGGUGGACAUGGAGGACGGCCUCCCCGAGGGAUACAUGUUCAUCUGGAACGACGAGGUGUCCCCGGACCUUUUCUCCGAGAUGGACAGGAACAGCAACGGGAACUUCACUGACUACAUCAUGCAGCAGGUGAACGACGGUAAAGGCCGUCUGGCGCCCGGCUUUGACCCCCACCGCAUCAUCGACAACAUGUUCUCCAACCAGGAUCGCAACGGGGAUGGAAAGAUCACGGAGGAAGAGUUCAGGCUCAAAGCGGACGAACCGGCCGACCACGACGAGCUAUGA